GCUUUAUGAGAUUAUCAUAACCACCUGCAAUUACAUAAUAAACUUUUAGUUUUGGUCAAGCUAACUCAUUCAUUCAAAGGGCAUAAUAAACUUAACCAAUCAUUAGAGUUAAUCAACCAUGUUUCAGAGUCUAUACAUAACCUAUGUAAAAUAAGAGAUAAUCUAAGAGUCCUUUUUAAAGAGGAUAUGAUACUUAGGAAGAAAAUAGAACUUUAAAAAUAUAUAUAUAAUAAAUGGAGUAAACUUUGGAAAAUCUUUAACAGAAGUAUUUCUUUAAAAAUAUAAUUAGCAAUAAAAGACAUAUGCUAUAAUAAUAAUUGAAAGAAAAUUCUCAUUAAAGGGAUGAAAUUUAGAAACUUAAAAUUGAACUAUCCACUGAACUUGCAGAAAGAGCUUAUUUAGAAAAGGUUUGUUAGAAAUUAUGA